AUGCCUGGUGGUCUGGAAAAGACAUUUUCUACGAUGCACAGCCCACAGCUUCCGGAGAGAAAGAACGGGGACUCGGAGCAGAUACUCGACACUAUAGCGCAAGACCUACAGGAUAAGUGGAACGUGGGACUUCACGAGUUUGACAUCGCCAAGCGAUCUGGAAUACCAGUUGGCCUGGAGGAGAGUCGACGGAUCGCCUGUAAGAUCGAUAAGUGGAUGCUGCCCAUGUUGUGUCUUUGUCAAGGUCUUAGCAUUGUGGACAAGACGGCUUUGAACUAUGGCAACCUGUAUGGGAUGCAGGCCCAGCUACAACUGAGCGGGAGUCAAUUCGACUGGUACGCCAGCAUAUACUACUUCGGAUACCUCCUAGGCAACUAUCCUGAUAGCUGGCUAUUGCAGCAAUAUCCAAGUGGGAAGGUCCUGGCGAUCAUGACACUCAUCUGGGGGGUCAUCCUCAUAACAACGCCCGCUUGUGUGAACUACGCCGGGCUCAUGACAAACCGUUUCUUUCUCGGUGUUGUGGAGGCGGUCGUGACCCCCGGCAUGACCAUCCUGACGUCUGUGUGGUAUACUCAGACCGAGGUGCCGUUCCGCGUCGUCACGUGGGUCUCCUUCAACGGCUGGGCCGGAAUACUCGGAGGUUUCAUCGCAUACGGUGUUGGGCACAUCUCACACCCAGAAAUCGACCUCUGGAGGUAUAUAUUCCUUAUCCUCGGGGCGGUCACCAUUAUUUAUGCUUUUUUCCUAUGGUUUUGGUUCGCUGACUCUCCUGUGGAUGCGCACUUCCUAAAUGCGGAAGAGAAGGUUCUCGCUAUCAAGCGCGUUGCAGAGUCUAAAAUUGGCGUAAAGAACAGGCACUUCAAGAAGUACCAGGCGCAGCAAGCGUUACUCGAUCCGAAGACAUGGAUAUUAUUAGUGGCGACAAUUGCAGCUCAGAUUCCAAGCGGGAUUCUCAUGAACUUCUCCACGAUCCUUAUCAAGGGCAUGGGAUUCACCGUCCUGCAGACCACUUUGCUCGGAGUAGCAUCAUCAGGAGUGCAAAUCGUUACUUUGCUCAUUUCCGGAUACAUCUGCAUGCGCUUCAGGAAUAUGCGCAUCAUCACGAUGACCGCCACGAAUAUCGCAUCCAUUAUCGCCGCCGCGUGUUUGACAUACCUCCCAUCUAGCCAGCAGUGGAACAGGUUGAUAUCGUUCUGGUUCACCGGAUUCGAGAUGGCGGCCUUCUCUCUAUCACUGUCAAUGAUAACCAGCAAUGUCGGAGGAUUCACGAAGAAGACGGUUACGACGGCGAUUGUGUUCGUUGGGAAAGCGAUCAUGAUCAGUUUUGUGAUCAAGGCCGUCGCUCACCUCGCACUCGGGAUAUACAUGCUGUGGAGCAAUAUCAAGCGCGACAGGGAGCAAGGAAAGAUUGUGUCGUACGAGGAUCAACUAAAGGGAGAAGAGGCGGGAAUGCACGACCUCACCGAAUUCGAGAACAAAUACCACAGAUAUGCUCUUUGA